AGUUUGUAUAGUCAUGGAGGGAUGACCUGUUGAAAAAGGUGAAAAGGUGACCUGGGUUGACCUCUCCGAGCUUGUCUUUUGAUAUCGACAUAGGACUAUUCUGAAACCAUGAUGAGAAGAUUUUUGAAGAGCCAGAAGGGACGUUUCUCCCUUCGCCAAAGCCGAUCCGGAUCCCGGAGCGCCUCCAAAGAUUUCUACCCAAACCCUAAUGUGCUAAGAGAAUUUCCCCUGAAUAUUGAUUUGGCUCUGCCAGCUAAUAACCAGGGCUGGCCUGAAGAUUUUGGCUUUAAGUUGGGUGGAGAUGGACCCAGUUACAUCCUCUCUGUGGUGGAGGGCAGCAGCGCUUACAUGGCCGGGUUGCAGCCAGGAGAUCAGGUUCUUGAGAUCGACGGGCAGAACGUUUCCUCUCUGAGCACAAAAGCACUCAUCGCCCUGGCCCAGACCCUCAAAACAGUGCCGCCCAGCAUCGGAGUCGUGUCUCGAAUCGAACAGAUGGACAUUUCCCCAGGGCCUGAUGGUCGUUUUGGUUUCACCAUAGUAGGAGACAGCCCUCUGCUGGUGGAGGACUGUGCACACAACUCUCCAGCAGGGCGGUGUGGACUCCGAGCAGGUGACUAUGUAAUGGAAGUGAAUGGGAUUCCAGUAAAGCAACACGAGACGGCGGCAGCCAUGAUCAAGGCGUCUCAAGGACGCACGCUGCGUCUGGGCGUGCUGCGUAUAAACCGCUGGCAGAAACGCACCAGUACCAGCAUGAAAGAGACGUAUCAGAGCGGAGACAUGGUCAGACAGGACCGCAAGCACAAAGCUCUGGAGUUUAACAAGAAGGUUGAGGAGAUUUUAGGGGAGGAGCCUGAGGUGAAAGAGAGGCUUUUUGAUUUGCUGAAGCAGUAUGCAAGUGAAAGGGAUGUUGAAGGACUGGCGUCCACCCUUCCAGAAAUACUGCUCACAGAGGAGCAUCAGCAAUUGAUUGACAGCAUCAGGAUCUUCAUCCCUAAGAAGCACAGGCAGCGUUUCGAUGAGAUGGUCUCACAGUCUCUCAUCAGUCGCUUGAGAGGCCGAAGUUUUAGCGACCACAGGAACAAUCGUCUCCGUCGGAGUCGAAGCGAAGACCACCCUGAUCGUCUGCUCUCUGUGUCCACCCGAGCCAGCUCGGUGCCCCGAUCCACCAAUGAAGAGGUCGCUAUCACCCGUGGCGUGCGAAAGACCACCUCGCUCAUCGCUGGACAUUCCAGUUCUUUCUCUACACGCAGGACAGUGCGAGUGUACAAAGGAAACCAGAGUUUUGGCUUCACUUUACGUGGACACGCUCCAGUCUGGAUUGACUCUGUAAUACCAGGCAGUCCUGCUGAGAAGGCCGGUCUGAAACCUGGAGAUCGCAUCUUGUUUCUCAAUGGGUUGGACAUGAGGAGUUGUUCGCAUGAGAAGGUGGUGUCCAUGUUGCAGGGCAGUGGAGCAAUGCCUAGUCUGGUAGUUGAGGAUGGACCCCCAUCCUUGACUGAUGUUGAGCAGUUUCAUGUGUCUCCUCGCUCCCGAACUCCUGUCCUCAGCUCCCUACAAUGGAUCGCUGAGAUCCUGCCUCCCAGUAUUCGUGUGCAGGGCCGAACCUUUAGCCAGCAGCUCGAGCACCUCCUCACCCUUCAGGAGAGAUACGCCAUAUGCAAAGCCCUGGAGUCUUUCUUCCAGCACAGAAAUGUGGACACUUUGAUUGUGGAUGUGUUUCCUGUGUUGGAUACCCCGGCAAAGCAAGUGAUCUGGCAGUUCAUUUACCAGCUGCUCACCUAUGAGGAGCAAGAACACUGUCAGAAUAAAAUUUCCCGCUUCCUUGGCUAUAAGGUCACAUUGCCGGAACCUGAACCUCCAGCACAUGAGCCACAUCGGCGCAGCAGCUCUAUGAAGGUGACAGGAACCACCUAUAGGAGCAGUGUGAGGGGACGUAGCUCAGAUGAUCUAGUGAUUGGCACUCAUUUGGGAAUGGGGAUCUGCACUGAUCCACCUGAAGUGUCCCAUAUGAGACUGACCCCUGGAGAGAGACAAUCAGGUGAUGGGACUUCUCUACCAGAGACACCCAACAAUCUGACCAAUUUGUCAGCAGUGUAUGCUGAGCUAGAAAAUGUCUAUGCAGGGAAGAGAUCAAAAUCCCUGAAAAGUCGACCUCCACCAGCUCCUGACACACUGGUUAGCGUGGACAUCUUCCAACACUCUUCCUCACAGUCUGGGAGGGCUCACUCUUCAUCUCCAUCUGUUCGGGUCACUUCAGGUAGCCGCAAAUCUGCUUCAGCCCAGCGUGCACCCCCUCCUCCUCCACAACUGGAGUCUUGGACACAGGAGCCCCCACUUAGUCCCCAGUGCCCCUUCUAUCCACCUGCUCUUCCUGCCCAAACCAGUGCUGAGUCCAACCCCUACAUCAGUUUCGACAGCCCACCCCACUCUCCACCAUCUCCUCCUGACUACCCCCCGAGUCCACCUAUUCGCAGGAAACGCUACACCUUCUCGCGUCCACCACGUACCCCAGACACAGAUCUGUUCAUGGAGGCCUUGAGUGAACAGCUGGGACAGCAGUUAUCUGUGGAUGAUUUCCUUUCACCAGAAAAUGACUAUGAAGAGGAUGUUGUCCAGAUGACCUUCCAGAAUGAGGAUGAAGAAGUACAGGAGAAUGAAGAGGAAGAAGAAGAAGAAGAGGAGGAGGAGGAGGAGGAAGAGGAGGAGGAGGAGGGAGAGGGUCCGUACAUGCCUCCGGAGUUAAGCAGUCCAAGCGAAGUGCAUAGUAGCAGUGAGGAUGCCAGUUCUCUCACUUACUCUUCCAGCUCUGAGCACAUUCCUCCUCCCCCUAUGACUCCUCCCCCUCCUCCCCCUGUCCAAUUUAAUGACUCUCUUCCACCUGCUGGCUUAUCGCCUGACCACGCACCUCGACUGACUUUCCGUCGCCACCCUGGACCUCCUCCUCCACCCCCACCAAGGGCUAACCCACCUCCAAAACGACAGUCCAUUCACAAGGUCUUGCCCACCCAUGAUGAGAUUAUGACCCAGCACCAAGUCAUCCAGGAGCACCACUCACUUCCUGUUCAAUCAGUUGGUCACCCUCAACAACCUCAGCAGCAAAUGCACCAGUCUCUGCCUCCUAUUCCCUCUCCAGAUAUAACUCAGUCAUCUGUCUCUAGCCACACAGUCUAUGAGAUGCACCAUCCAACUUACCAGUUUCAUCAACACCACCAGAGUGACCAGAUGCAUCAAAUUCAUCAGGAAAAAACAGGUCACCAAUGUCAGUCAGGUCAUCAAAUGCACCAAACUGAUCAUUCGCACCAGACUGUUCAGACUCAACUUUCUAGUUCCAUGGAUAGACUUGAUAGGAUUGAACGAAAGGAACGCCCGGAUAGACACAUCUAUGAGAUGGAGCCUCAACCCUUGCAUUCAGACCAACAUGCUUACCAAGUUCAUCAGAGUCAUCAAGCUCAUCUUUCAAGCUCCAUGGACAGGCUUGACAGACUGGAACAGAUGCAGCGUUUAGAAAGAUUGGAGCGUAUGGAGCGAAUGGAGAGACUGGAGAGAGCGGGCCGACAGAUGCAGCUGGCACACAUGGCUCAAGCUGUUUCUCAAGCUAAUCACCCAGCUCAACGGAGUCAACAACAGUACCACCACCAGAGUCAACAGAUGCAGCAAACUCAUCAAGCCUACCCACCAACCCAGACUCCUUCAUCAGCUCGCCACAUUCCCCAGAUUGAGCUUAUACCUCAAGUCCAGCCCAUUCAGUCUGCUCCUGAGUACCACCGGAUCCAUCAACCCCACCAACCUCACCAGACCCAACAGAUUUUGUCCACUUUCCAGCCCAUUCCUUCACAGCAGCAGCAACAGCUUCAACAACAACAGAUUCAGCAACAACAACUUCAGAAACAACAACAGAUUCACCAACAACAGAUUCAGCAGAAGCAACACAUUCAACAACAGAUUCAGCAACAACAGCUUCAGCAACAGCAACACAUUCAGCAGCAACAACAGUUUCAGCAGCAGCAACACAUUCAGCAGCAACAACAGCGCUCAACCCCCUCUAUUGUACAGGCCAGGGAAAGCCCUCAACCCGUAUACCACGAGUAUCGCCACCACCAUCAUCAUCACAGCCACCAUGAAGCCCAGUCCCAAACUCAAGCACCAGGUGCACCCCAACCUCAAACUUACCACCCCACUGAAGGAUCAACUGUGGAGCCACCGCCACCUCCACCUUUACCCCCACCUUGUGUGCCCCCUCCUCUGCCAAAAGCUUCUCCUCAAAAAUCUGAUUCUAGUCACAUGAACGUAAAGAGGCUACGUUGGGAACAGGUGGAGAAUUCAGAGGGAACCAUCUGGGGACAGUUGGAAGAAGACUCUGAUUAUGACAAGCUGAGUGACAUGGUGAAAUACCUCGACCUGGAGCUUCAUUUUGGGACCCAAAAAACUCCUGUUUCAGUUCCAGAGCCUUCACCUCAGGUAGAGACUUUCAAAAAGAAAGAUGUGGUAGAGAUUCUUUCCCAUAAGAAGGCCUACAAUGCUUCAAUCCUGAUUGCCCAUCUGAAGCUGUCACCAGGUGAGCUGCGUCAGGUUUUGAUGACAUUGUCGAGCGAACGUUUGGAGCCGGCACAUAUUAAGCAGCUGCUCCUGUACGCGCCGGACGACGAUGAGGUCAGACAGUACGAGCAGUACCGAGAUGACCCAAACAAACUUAGUGAACCUGACCAGUUUGUUCUACAGAUGCUUUCCGUGCCAGAAUAUAAGACGCGUUUGAAAAGUCUACACUUUAAAACUACAUUACAAGAGAAAACUGAAGAGUUGAGAGGGUCGUACGACUGCAUUUUCAAGGCUUCUCUGGAACUCAAGAACAGCAAAAAACUAGCAAAGAUCCUUGAGUUUGUUCUGGCAAUGGGAAAUUAUCUGAAUAAUGGCCAACCCAAGACCAAUAAAACCACUGGCUUUAAAAUCAAUUUUCUUACUGAACUCAGCACCACCAAAACAGUGGAUGGAAAGUCGACAUUUCUGAAUAUUUUGGUGAAAUCCUUGUGCCAACAUUUUCCUGAAGUUCUAGACUUUGGCAAGGAGCUCAGGACAGUUUCACAAGCAGCCAAAGUGAAUCAGAGAAACAUCACAUCUGACUUUAAUGAACUACAUGCUACAAUCAAGGACAUUCGUGCGGCGUGUCAGAAGAUGCCGGCCACAGCUGAGGAUCGGUUUGCUGUUAUCAUGAGUGGGUUUCUGGAGAACUGUCACCCUACAGUGCAGUCCCUUGAGUCUCUACAGCAGAGGGCGAUGGAGGAAUUCUGUAAAGUCGCAUCUUUCUUCGGUGAGGAUGGGAAGGGCACGACCACAGAGAGUUUCUUUGGCAUCUUCGCUGAGUUUAUUGCUAAAUUUGAGAGAGCUCUGGGUGACAUCCAGAACACUGAGUUCCCUCCACGCAGCCCCAGGAGUCCACGCACCACCUCUCCUUUAGCCUGGUGAAGAAAUCACCUCAACAUGAGCUCAACAGGCCUAUCACUACCACACACAUGAUUAAAAAUAAACUACAUGCACCAAUGUUCACUUCCAUACACUUUAUUGUAUCUGUCCAAGCUGAUUUAGUGAGAGGCGUUGUGAUUCAUGGACACCAUUUCAUGCAAACAAUGCAAACCAGGUUCCUGUCGAGUUAUAUAGUUCAUGUUAUAUUCUCCUCAAUCAUAAGUGGGACAGAACAGCCAGGAUUUAUAUAACAGCUGAAAUGUUUCUAUAGAUCAAGUCAAGUUUCCAUCGCUGAACUUGUAAAUGGUAAUGAUGCAAUGACGUGCACUUGCUAGCCUGUUCCAUUUACGUGUUCUCCGAAUGCUAAAGAAGGAAGUGACUUGGAAAGACCAGUCCUGCCAAGAAGUAUCCUUGACAUUGAGAAACAGCCACCGUCUAGGUCUAGGAAACUGCCCCAAGUGAGAAAAUGUAUAGCACUUUGAAUAAAGCAACUGCCAAAUGCAUAAAUGUAAAUGAGUUUAAAGCUGGAGAGAUUUCCAGAAAGGGUUUGAAAAAUUAUUUACCGAAUGAACUUUAAGACUGUAACACAUUUUGAUAGGACAAGAAAGCUUUGUGAGUGUAUGAGAUAGGAACAUGGAUAAGGAAAUGUUAUUUCAUGAAAAUAUAAAAUAUAGCGAGGAAGCUCAGUAUCAAAUUUCAACAGAAUUGAUAUGUUAAUAAAAUUGUUUAGGGGGAAAAGUGCUGUAUAACAUUAUGUCGCAAAUCUUACUUUAAUAUUCUGACUGAGAAAUUAGUUGGUUAUUUGUUAACUGUAAAAAUAAUUAUUCAAAUCAAUGUCUUAACUGAGUCAUUCCUCAUAUGCAAAAUGUUUAAAUGUAAUUUAUAUCACUGUACCUGAGAUGCACUUAGUAUUUACUGUAUGAUUUAAGUAUAUGCCUUUGCUGUUUUUAAGUGCUAACUUUAAAUCAAAAAUUAUAUUUUAUGCUGCUAAUCCGCUUUUAUCCCUCAUUAUCAUUAUAUGAUAUAUGUAUGUGGAUUUAAAUGAUUAUAUGAGACCGAUUUCUGAAUUGAAUUUAUAUAUGUAUGUGCAUUUAAAUGAUUAUAUGAGACUGAUUUCUAUUAAACUAUCCAAAUGUAAAACUUUGACACAGCCUAACUUUAGUGUCAAGUUUACCAGAUGUACAAACCUUUAUAUAGUAAAAUUUAUCAUGUGAUUUAACAGUAAAUAUUUGAAUCAAUAAUGGGGAUCAAUUCAUCUUUGCUUUUGUCUUUUGAGAAUUUACAAAUGAAUGUAAGGAGCCAGAGAUGUUUUUAUGAUCGGACUACGUUUCAUAGAUUUUGUUUUAUCAGUGUGUUUGUUUACUAUAUGCAGCAUUAUUUCAGUGCCAGUGUUGCACCAAAUUUUGUGACUGUCGAAAUAUGUGACGUUGAAGUGCGAGCUGUCGUCAGGCUAAUACCAACACCAAAUCCUAACCCCAACCGUCACUAUAGCGCCUAUUAUGGUUACGUAAUUUGAUGCUCACACAAUUUGGUGUCAUUUUAUUUAUGUCAUUUUCUGUAUUAUAUAUUUAUGGCCCUUUAAUUUGUUGAAAAUGUGCAUUUAUUUAAGUAUCUAACUUCAUGUGCGUAGUGGGUGAAGGCCUGUAUAUCCUUUCUUCUAAAUCUUUUGAAUAUUUAACUUGAACUUAACAGUGUGCAAUGAAGGACAAGUUAUUAGUUAAAACAAAUGCAAAAAUUUGUUAAUAAUGCAUUAUUUAUGUUAUCAUUCAUUUAUUUAAAAAAGCCUACAUGAUAUUGUUAUUUUAAAGUUUGUGAUGUCUAAUAAAUGUUGGCAUUUCUACUAAGUAACUGUGUAUAAGUAAUGUCGCAACAUUGUUUAGUUGUCAUUACUGUUUUGGUAAUAAAACGCUCUUACAUUUUAA